UGCGCUUUCGCUCGGAAAAAUUGCAACAAGAAUAGGCCUGCAGUGUAAUUUUUGCUUUUUUAAAGCGUUAGUGCUAUUGCCCCCAAAAUCUUAAUCACAGUCCGCCAAGAGGAUUCCAUUAUUGAGAGUUUUCGACCCAAAACAUUGCCUUCUAUCAAUUUUUCCCCAAGAGCCCUUCUUCUGGUUCAUCACUUCAUCUACUCAUCCAACUCAGCCGAUGCAUUAUCACGUUUUCCUGAGCUUUAGAGGGCCAGAUUCUCGCAAAACUUUUACCGAUCAUUUAUAUGCUGCGUUGGUGCGGAAAGGUAUUGUAACUUUCAGAGACGAUGAAGAAAUUGAGAAAGGAGAAGCUAUUUCAAAGAAACUCCGCGAAGCUAUUCGGCAAUCUCGGUAUUUCAUUAUUGUCCUCUCUCAGGAAUUUGCUUCUUCCCCAUGGUGUUUGAAUGAAUUGCAGGAGAUCGUGGAAACCAAACAAGAGCAAAAAGUUUUCCCAGUUUUUUAUGAUGUACAACCUGGUGAUAUUGGACGUCAACGAGGAAAUGUUGCCCAAGCUUUCGCUAAGCUUAAAGGAAAAAAUUCAAGUGGAAAAAAAAGACGAUGGCAUCAAGCUUUAUCUAAGGUUGCUGAAUUCUCUGGUUAGAUCACUAAAGAUAUGGAACGGACCACAUUCAAAGUAUAGUUAUAGAGACGCAAGAAGGUUUUAGAGCCGAUUGGGACCCUAACUGCUUUUCAAAAAUGAUAAAUCUUAGAUUGCUGGACUUGAGUAAGGUACGUUUUUUGAGAAAGCUCGAGUCUCUUCCAACUGCAUUGAAAUUUCUGAGAUGGGAUGAUUAUGCUGAGGAUUGCCUACCGUCAAUUGAAAGAUUAUGUAACCUUGAAAGCCUUCAAUUGUGCAAUAGCAAAAUCAAUAUACUAUAGGGAAAAAAAUCGGUUUUAAAUAUGCUGAGGAUCAUUGAUAUGAGUGGUUCUGAAUGUCUAACUGGAACCCCAGAUUUCAGUGGAACACCAAACCUUGAAGAGUUGUUACUUAAUGGUUGCAGAACAUUGACUCAGGUUGAUGAAUCUUUGGGACAGCUGAAAAAGCUGGUUAAGUUGAGUUUGAAAGAGUGUAAAAGUCUUGUAAAGCUCCCCGCUAAAUUGGAAACGAAUAGUCUACAAGAGUUCAUUCUAAUGGGAUGCAUGGGGCUUGAGAAGCUGCCCGAGUUUGGUGAAGAGAUGGGAAGUCUGUGCUUCUUUAAUGUGAGCGACACUGGCAUCACAAAAAUUCCUUCAACCAUCAAAAAUUUAAAAAAUCUCAAGAUUUUAGACUUGUGGAACUGCGACCAACUUAAGUCCCUCCCUGUUGAUCUUCCUCCUGAUUUAAUUGUAUGUGCAAGCAACUCUCAAAUGCUGAAAGACGCAAUAGCUCAGCUUAAUCUCCAUGUGUCGCCGUUCCAAAGGUAGUCAUAUAUCCUUAUCUCUUUCUUUGUUUCUCAAACUAUUUUUCAUUGUGAACAGUGUUGUUAAAGGCACUUGCCUUUGCACCUUAGACGCCAGGCGAGGCGCAGAACAGACUCAUCGCCUCUCGUGUGAAUAGAGGCGAUGGGUCCACUAAGGUGCUCGCCAGGUGCCUUUCUCAAGCUAAAAAGCGUCCUGGGGAUCUACAGGGUCCCAUUCACAUUUUUGGCGACUUGAGAGCAGGGGCCAGAAACUUUCAAUGGUUCGAAUGUUUGGAAUACUAUUGGGGCAAGGAUCCGUUAGGUGAAUUUCUAAGCAUAACAGCGGACAUAACUCAAAACGAGGCUGCAGAUUCUAAUGAAGAAUGCAUGGGAGUGGCUAUAUGCCUUUUUCUUAAAUCCUUAUCUCAAUUGCAGAUUCUAAAGAUCCAAAGUUACAUAGUUUGGAAGUUCCAAGACCAUUGCCAUGCCAAUAAAACUAAAAUGCAUGGAAUGCUGAAGACGGAUGAUGAUUGGGGAGUCUAUGUAGGAUUUUACCCUUUUAAACAUUGUCAACCACAUCUCAAUUUCACUCUUUCUGUUCUAACAACCAACACUGCUAGGAAUCUCCAUGAUGUGGCGAUAAUGGGAUGUCGGUGGCGCCUGGCAAGUAAACAUGAUUUUGAUAAAUGGUCGGAAGAUAGAGCACCAUCACCCUCUGGACAUGCCUCCCAUAAUGACUGGGAGAGGGGAGAGAGUAGUAAUAGCGUUACUAAAAGGAAAGGAGAAGGAAGAUAUCAAGAAAUCCAGGAGAUAAGAGAACGUAACAAUGGCAUUGCUAAUGAGAAAGGAAAAAGAAAAUAUCCAGAAAUUGAGUCAACAAGAAGGAAUUAUUCACUAAGAUCUCAAAAAGCACUCAGAAGAAGAUAGCAAGAUUGCAAUGUAAACAUGAGAAGCUGCUUUGAGUCCAUCGAGGGUUACAAGUUACAAUCGGAAGCCAUGAAGAUGUUGAGUAGAUAAGGGAAAAUUACUUUGAGGUCUCUCAUCACGUUUAAAUACUACAAGAUCAAUUCACAAUGAAUCUUGUGGUAUUUAAUAAAAACUCCCUUUUUAAUCCCUCGCUGAUGUUAGAGAAGGAUCUUGUCUCUCCCUAAUUCAUUGCUAAUGUAUCAUUUUAGAGAGCGAAGAAAAUCUCUUGCUAAUUUUCUUUGCUAAAUGUAAUUUUUAGAGACAUCAAAAUUAUUUCUUGCUAAGUGCUUGGCUAAUUUGUCAUUUU